UAAUCUAUCUUACCGAAUUCUUAUCAGAAUCUUAUAAGAUUCUUAUAUUCCUUCUUAUAAGAAUCUUAUCAAUAAAUUACGCAUUUCCAUCGACUGCCUUAUAUAAGAUUCUUAUAAGAUUUCUAUAAGAUUUCUAUAGAAUUGCCGUAAGUUCGGUCGACUAGGGCAUAUCAUUGAAUAUAUUUUUUAACGGAUGACAUACAUUGUGUUUCAGCCAUAUAGUGACACUGAACAAUAUUUUUCUCUAUUCUUCCUAACAUUUAUCUACUGGGGCAGAAAGGAACACAGUCACUUUACAAACUGACAUUUUCUUUCGAAGUGUACAUUUUGCUUAGACGAGUUGAAGUCGAGAAUGGGCUCUAACACUUAAUAAUUAUAUUCUUCUAUACUAGAUAACCUGUGACAUUUGUAUUUCAACGGUUACAGAAAAAAAUAAAGAGCGAAAAUUAUGUUUGUGUAACAAACAGCUAAAAAGAUAAAUCUGACAUAUAGAUGUUUUUAUAUUUAAGAGAGUUAGCGAUUUUGAUUUCUUAUCUAUCAAAGAAAAAGUUCGCCGUUAUAUUUAGUCGUCGGCUGUGGAAAAAAAUACGAGAAAUAAUAAUAGCAUGAAGAAGUUUCCAUGUGGAUAUAUAUAUAUACUAAUAUAUCUAUGUAUAUCAGAUACAACUAUAAAAAGACACCAUGAAAAUAUUUUUUCCAUUACACACUCCUUUUCACCAUGUUUAUGAUACUGCCACUCCUCGUUCUUAGUGUACACUUAGUAGUAAUCGAAGGUAAGUGUGUCAAUCUGACAAGAAACUUUGAUAUAACUGUUGUCCUUUAACAUAGCAUGUUUCGUAGCUCGCCGUUCAUCGAUCCUAUGAAACUGAGUUGUUGUCAGAAACAGUACGAGAAAGAAAAUGUUUUAGACUGUCAUUCGAAAAAUUCACUUGUUGAACUCCAUCUGCUACUAUGCUCAACUACAAUGAGGUUACAUUUGAUUUUUUUCAGGUGGUGGGCCGUCAAAAUGUGCUCCUAAUGAAUGCCUCUCGCAAUAUGAUUAUUGUGGAACAAAUUCCAGUUACUGCGGUGAAGGAUGCAAAGGUGGUCCAUGCACCGGUUCGACAACAACGAUACCUCCACCAUCAAAAUGUGCUCCUAAUGAAUGCCUCUCGCAAUAUGGUUAUUGUGGAGUAAGUCCUGCUCAUUGCGGCAAAGGAUGCAAAGGUGGUCCAUGUACCGAUUCGAAAACAACGGUACCUCCAGCAUCGAAAUGUGCUCCUAAUGAAUGCCUCUCGCAAUAUGGUUAUUGUGGAGUAAGUUCCGCUCAUUGCGGUAAAGGAUGCAAAGGAGGACCGUGCUUAUCUGAUAGUUCAAAUACGGCUGCACCUCCAACACCGGCAACUUCCGGCACAGUCUCGACUGUAUUCGAUGAAAACGUGUUCAAAUGUAUUUUUUCCGAGCUGGACUCAGCAACAUUAACUAAACGGUUUAAUGGACUGAAGACAGCUGCAUCAAAAAUGAAAUGGACACCCGCGGAUGAUAAACAUGAAAUAGCUGCGUUUCUUGCUCAUGUGUCGCAUGAAACAGACGGUCUUAAAACUUACAUCGAAUACUGUAAAUCACAAGGUACAUGUAAUAAUUAUCAAAACUCGCCAUGGUGUUCGGCACAAGCAAAAUCUGGAAAACAAUAUUUUGGUCGCGGGUGGCUCCAGUUGUCGUAUCCUUGCAAUUACGAGGCGUGUGGAAAAGCAAUUGGUUUAGAUUUACUAUCUGAUCCCGAUCUAGUGAAUGGUAGUGAUGAAGUGGCAGCCCAAACUGGAAUUUGGUUUUGGCAGUCAAAUGAACUUGGGCCGUUAGCAGCUGCCGAUAAAUUCGGCGAAACCACUAACAAAUUAAACGUUUACGAGUGUACGGGCCAUCCCGGACACCAUAUGCAAGCGAAAAGAAUUUCGACAUAUAAGACAGUUCGAAAGUGCUAUGGUUUACCAGAAUCUACUGGAAAUCUAGAAUGUUGA